GGCGCGUCGGUGACGUCCUCGGUGUUGCUGGUCGCAGAAGAGGCCGGCGCACAGCGAACCAACGCGAUCCCAGCGGGGUCGAGCGAGAAGCGUCCCAGUGCUUCCGAGUCGGUUUCCCGCCAUUACGAUCACUUGGCGGCUUCCUUUCCGGCAGAGGCCCGCGUGUUUUGCACACGUUAUUCAAGAUGACGGACAACCAGUAUUCCGGUUAUCAGCAGCAGGGGUACAAUCAGUACAGCCAGCCCCCGCCUGCUACCGGUGGACAGGAUACGUCCUACCCUCCACCCUCGACCGGUGGUGGAAGCUACAAUCGGUAUAGCCAACCGCCUCCGAGUGCCGGGAACUACGGUAGUUACAAUAAUUACAAUACCAGCAGCGGUGGAGGCACCGGAGGCAGUGGCGGCAACAGUGGCCAGGAUUACGGCCAGGGUCAAAAUCAGUCCAGCUACCAGGGUAGUUACGGCGGUAGCUCCGGCAACAGCGGAGGUGGGGGCUACGGAGGUGGUUACGGAGGCAGCGGAGGAGGUGGAUACAGUCGUGGCAGCGGAGGAGGAUACGGCGGUGGUCAAGGCGGAGGUGGCGGAGGAGGCGGUGGCGGCGGAGGAGGUAGAUACGGUAGCGAUCGCGGCGGAUUCGGCGACCGUUCCGGAGGCGGAGGUGGAGGCUACAACAGUGGCGGUGGCCGUGGUGGUUAUAACAAAGGGGGCUACGACCGUAACGGAGGCGGCGGCAGCGGCGGCGACGGGAUGGUCGUCCAGGAAGACACCAUCUUCGUCUCCGGGAUGGACCCUUCGAUAUCCGAGGAGGAGAUCUGCCAGCACUUCGGGGCCAUCGGCUUGAUCAAGAACGAUAAGCGCACCGGCAAGCCGAAGAUCUGGAUGUACAAGGACAAGAACACCGGGAAGCCGAAGGGCGAGGCGACGGUGACGUACGACGACCAGGACGCGGCGCGCUCCGCGAUCAGCUGGUUCGACGGGAAGGACUUCAAGGGGAGCACGAUCAAGGUGCAGAUCGCCCAGCACAAGAGCAGCUGGCAGGGCGGUCGAGGUGGGGGCGGGGGCCGAGGAGGAGGUCGCGGGGGCGGCAGAGGCGGAGGAGGCUUCUCCCGAGGUGGCGGAGGAGGAGGCGACAGGGACGACCACCGCGGGGGAGGCGGCGGCAGCGGCGACGACCGCGGGGGUCGCGGUGGCGAUUGGAGGUGCACCAACCCCGACUGCGGUAACACGAACUUCGCCUGGCGCGACCAGUGCAACCUCUGCAAGAGCUCCAAGCCCGAGGGCGCCGGUGGCGGCGGCGGGGGCGGCGGUGGUGGUGGAGGAGGAGGCAGGGGUCGAGGAGGCGGCGACCGCGGAGGUCGAGGCGGAGGAUUCCGCGGAGACCGGGGAGGCAGAGGAAGUGGAGGCGACCGAGGCAGAGGCGGAUUCCGCGGUGGCGACCGCGGGGGUCGCGGAGGACGCGGGGGACCCAUGCGAGGAGGCGGCGGCCGAGGGGACCGAGACAGGGAUCGCCAGCGUCCCUACUGAAGGAAAGAGGGACCCCUGACGAGUUGAACGGGGUGCGCGCAGCGGAGGAGGCCGCCGCCGUUCGACGCUCCCGACGGACUCGCACCUUUUAUAUGUACACAUACGCAACGACGCGACACCACCCCACCCGGAGAGAUACGCGUAACGUUCGCUUUCUCCUCUUCUCCCCGAGACCAUCCGAGGCACCUCGGCGACUUUCUUUUGUACUCGUUGACGGGGCCCGAGCCCGUCCGUGUAAAGUUAGAUUUUAAUAAAGGAUAAGGUCUUUAGUUCGUAA